UUUCUCUUUUCAUAAAAUGGUAUCCCGGCCAAAGAUUGUUGUUCAUAGUUACAAUAGUCUUGCCAGCCGAGAGGUUAUAAACUAACUGUUUGGAACCAAGAUUGAAUGAUCUCCUAUAGACUCAGUGUACAAAAGCUUCAUCGACACAGAGACAGAUACGUGAUCUACAUAUUUAAUCUCACAUUUAAAACCCCAUUUAUCAGUGAAUAAAUCUACUUCUUUCUCCUCUAUCUCUUAUCUUAUGACUACUGGGAAUAAUAACUUUUCCUUUUUACCAUUAUUACCAAUCGAUAAUCACCAGGGACGUAUCAUCCAUGUUACUCAUCAAAUACCCUUUGAAGUUAUCCAUGAAACAGACGAAGAAGGAUCAUUACAGUGGACAUUUAGACCUCGUCAUGAACAUGCUGCCAUGUACGCAGGCAUUCAUUCCCUUAUCGACGAAUGGGAAACAUUAUGUAUCGGCUGGACAGGUCAAAUCUAUAAAGAUUCACCGAGCUUAGAAAAUGUCGAUCGUUAUGAGAUUGACAUGUUGAGCGAUCAAGAGAAAGAUUCUUUACAAUCACAACUUUAUCAGGAACAUAGUUGUAUACCAUUAUUUCUAGAUAGCAGUAGUGUAGCAGGACAUUACCAUGGGUACUGCAAAACAUUAUUGUGGCCACUUUUUAAUUACAUAGUGUGGAACGAUGCAACGGAUGGACGAAUUGAAAAAACCCAGUGGAACUAUUAUGAAGCAGUAAACCAAAAAUAUGCUGAUACAGUAGUAGAACAGUAUCAAGAUGGGGAUACGAUCUGGAUCCAUGACUAUCAUUUAUUGUUAGCUCCUAGCAUGAUCCGUAAAAGGCUUCCCAAGGCUCGUAUCGGUCUGUUUGUACAUUCACCUUUCCCAAGUUCUGAAAUCUUUCGAUGUUUACCAAAACGCCAGGAAAUUCUUAAAGGGAUGCUGGCUGCCAACCUGGUAGGAUUUCAGACAUAUGCAAAUGCUAGACACUUUAUCUCGACAUCGACUCGGGUCUUGGGUUACGAGUCAUCUCCGGAAGGUGUUGAGUACGAUGGUCACUUUUGCCAUGUUGGUACCUUUCCCAUAGGUAUUGAUGUUAAUGCAGUAGACGCUGUUCGAAGAAGUGCAGAUGUGAUUCCAAAAAUUCAGGCUAUUGCUGAAAUGUACUCUGAUAAGAAGAUCUUGGUAGGAAGAGAUAAACUCGAUCUCGUUCAGGGCGUCCUUCAGAAGCUUGCUGCUUUUGAAAAAUUCCUUUCAGACUAUCCUGAAUGGCAAAAUAAGGUGGUCCUGAUCCAAGUAACCGAUUCACCAAGUUCGGCAGAUACCAUCAAGAAUGAACGUCGAGUGUCAGAGAUGGUUGCACAUAUUAACAGUGCUUAUGGCUCUUUAGAGUUUACACCCGUCUAUCAUUAUUACCAUCAGAUACAGACAGAAGAAUAUUAUGCAUUGCUAUCAAGCGCUGAUGCAGCCCUGAUUACAUCUAUUAGAGAUGGCAUGAACACAACUAGUCUUGAAUACGUCAUGUGUCAACAGGAAAAGCACGGGCCCUUGAUUGUUUCGGAAUUAACGGGUACGGCAGGGUCCAUGGGUUCGGCAUUACUUGUCAACCCCUGGGAUUACUCUGGUGUUGCAAAGGCAAUCAAUGACGCACUCACAAUGAGCGAAGAGGAAAAAAUGACAAGGCACAUGCAAUUAUUAGCACACGUUAAAUCUAAUACAACCUCAUUUUGGGCUCAUUCAUUUGUCAAAAUGUUAAUACAUACCUGCAUGUUAUCUGAACAAAGCAAGAAUACGCCAAAGCUUAAACUGGAUUAUCUUAAAGAACAGUAUCAACGAUCCAAAAAGCGACUUCUUUGCUUUGAUUAUGAUGGAACAUUAACACCAAUACAAAAGACACCUAUGGCCGCUGUUCCCCCCAAAGACAUGCUAAAGUAUCUCGAAAAGUUAUGUCAAGACCCUCACAAUGAAGUUUGGAUCAUAUCUGGCCGUGACGAAAAUGCACUUGCUAACUGGCUUGGCCAUAUAGAAAACCUGGGCCUAAGUGCAGAACAUGGUUCAUUUAUGCGGUACCCAUACAGCAAGAAAUGGAUUAACCUGACUGAGCACUUUGAUAUGAGCUGGAAGAAUGAUGUAUUGGAAAUAUUUACUUACUAUACUGAGCGAACGACUGGUAGUUUUAUUGAGCAUAAACGGUGUGCCAUUACCUGGCAUUACCGUCUUGCUGAUCCAGAAUAUGGUGCAUUCCAAGCCAAGGAGUGCCAGAACCAUUUGGAACAGGCCAUCCUUAGUAAGUUGCCUCUGGAAGUAUUAGUGGGCAAGAAAAACUUGGAAGUACGCCCGACGAUGGUGAAUAAGGGUGAGAUUUUGAAACGCCUAUUGGUAUCCAGCAAUACUCCAUUUGACUUUGUGAUGUGCUGUGGUGAUGAUCGUACAGAUGAAGACAUGUUCAAGACAUUGAAAAAGGCAGCAGAUCUCAAUGAAAAGUUCUCAGUCAUGGUGGGUCCUGAAGAUCGACAAACACAGGCACUUUGGUACUUGCCAACGGUACAGGAUGUAAUCAACUCACUUCAAGUCAUGGCUCAAUGUGUAUAGAAAAAACAAACAAACAUUUGUAUUGCAUGAAUAAUUAGAUUCCCCCCUUUUCUCUCU